AUGGCAACUGUAGCUCAGUUUGAUCAUCCUAACCUUGUGAAAUUGGUUUCCAGUUGGGCUAGCGUAACCGAGAUUCAAAUGAUGUUUGAGUUGAUUGAUGGAUUUUUGAAAGAUUUUUACACUGAAGAGGAGAAUGUGAUCGCACACAUUGCGCAACAAAUAUUGAUGGGUCUGAGUUAUCCACGGGACGAAAGAAUUGUCCAUAGGGACUUGAAGCUAGCGAACGUGUUGAGAAAUAACGACGACAAUGUUAAGAUUGCAGAUUUUGGUUCGAGCAGGAGAUUGGACAUCGGCAACAUGCAAUUCAUUUUGACAGUCCUCGGCACUAUUCAAUAUUGUAGUCCCGAAAUGUUGCAACAUCAACUGCGAAAAAUUGACCGACUAGACAAGAGUAACAUUUGGAGCUUGGGGAUCUUAUUGCUGGAAAUUUAUAUGGGACAUUUCCCUUUUCCCCGCAUUGAUAAGCUUCAGAUUUACAACGAGAUUAUUAAUGACUUUGUUGUUCCUGAGUUGCCCAAUUCUACCUCAUAG